AUGUGUAAACAGUUAUUUGUGUUUUGGAGUCCUCCAGAGUUGAGAAUGAUCGUGGUGCUUCAGUUCAUGGCUCUCUGCCUAGCUUUUGUCUCCACGGUAUUCCUGAUCGUGGCCACUUGGACGGACUGCUGGAUGGUGAAUGCCGAUGACAGCUUAGAGGUUAGUCAAAAAUGCCGUGGUCUCUGGUGGGAAUGUGUUACCAAUACCCAGGAUGGAGUUAAAACUUGUGACCAAUAUGAUUCUAUUUUAGCUGAGCAUCCAUUGAAGAUCGUACUUACAAGAGCUCUGAUGAUCACAGCUGACAUUUUGGCAAGUUUCGCACUUAUAAUCCUCAUUUUGGGUUUGGAUGCGGUGAAGUUCCUCAGGGAAGAACCACAUAUAAAGUUGCGUAUGUGCUACAUGGCCGGGUUCAUAUUUGGAAUUGGAGGUAUCCCAGGGAUGAUUGGCUCGGUAUGGUAUGCAGUGGAUGUCUAUGUUGAGAGAGCUACACUUGUAUUACAGAAUGUCUUCCUAGGAAUCCAUUAUGAGUUUGGAUGGUCUUGUUGGUUGGGGAUGGCCGGCUCAACUGGUUGCUUUUUAGCUUCAAUUGUUCUUACUUGCUGUCUAUAUAUCUUCAGAGAUAUCGGGGCUUCAUCAAGGAAUCAACGAUCUAUCUAUAAAUAUGGAAGAACCGCAACCGGCAAAAUGUAUGCAAUUGACUCUAGAGUGUAGCACAUUUAGCCAAGAAAAGACAAUUGCUG